UCGAUGAUGGUACUAACAGUAGCCGUUCACUGAGAGAACUCAGGGAAACGUCGACGUUUUUGAUAGAUAUUCUCGCUAGAGGUCUGGACAGGCUGACGUGGAGGAAAGAGGUCAGUUGACGCGCGGGUUUGCAAAGGGUGAGCUCGAGAUGGAGACUCAAGGUCGAGUCUCCAGAGAUGGCACGUCUUGGUCUUGGGAUGGUGUGUCUCUGAGGUAAAAUCAGCAAACAGUUUUAAAACAAAACGAGUCGACAGCUUUGUGGUUCGGUUGGUCAUACUGUGAACAGUAAUUAAUUUUGAGGUUUAUUAGAGAAGCUAAACACAUUCUUUGUUCUCUCUACAUGUUUGGCUUGUGGUAUCAUUUGAUUUUAGAUUGGUUUAACUUCUCACCUUAAUUAAAACAUUGAACUUUCGAUCAUAUAGCUGAUAGAUUGAUGUGGCUGUCAUCACAACCUUUUACAGAGGUUGUUUAUUCGGGCCUGAGUGUUGUGUAUAUACCACUUCUAAACACUAUUAGUGUACAUGUAGUUCUUUGAUUCUAGAUGACAUUGAUAUGCUAAACACUAUUAGUGUACAUGUAAUAAACAUCUCCGUUUCUAUCAGACAUUUUAUGUUUAAUAGGUGUAGCAAAUAUUUGUUUUAUUUGCUGAGUUAGGAAGAGUUAAGUUUUACAAAACCAACUCAGUCAGUGCAGACCAUUCCAUAGAAGCUCAACUGAAAGAUUAAGAUUAGGUUCUAGAGUUUUGUUAUAUUUUGGUUUAAUUAAAUCUACCACACUUUGUAUUUUUACGGUAUUGUGUUUAUAAGUUUCGAAAUAAAGAUAAAAAGGGUUUGGUGAUUGGGAUCUUGUAACGCCUGUGGGAGACGAAAAGGAUCAUCGGUUACAUCGACUGUGACUGACACGUUCUUGAGCUUGUGAGGUCUGCAAUUACAUAUGCUGACACUUGCCAAAUUCUUUUAGUUUUAUUCUUUCUAUCUCUCUUAUCUUCUUGUUUUCUUCAAAUGCACAAACACAAGCUCGUGUGAGUUUGAAGAAACGAUAUGGAACGUGGAGGCUUCCAUGGCUACGGCAAGUUCUCCCUCAACAACACCACCAAUCCAGGGAAGCUUUUGAUGGCAGAGAGCGGCAUGCAGCUACCAGAACCCAACCAGCCUACCAAAACCGCUAACGGCGGCCAAGAGGAGUGCACGGUGAGAGAGCAAGACAGGUUCAUGCCUAUCGCCAACGUGAUACGGAUCAUGCGGAGGAUCUUACCUGCUCACGCCAAGAUCUCAGACGACUCCAAGGAGACGAUCCAAGAGUGUGUCUCCGAGUACAUCAGCUUUGUAACAGGGGAAGCCAAUGAGCGUUGCCAGCGAGAACAGCGCAAGACCAUCACUGCCGAGGAUGUCUUGUGGGCAAUGAGCAAGCUCGGUUUUGAUGAUUACAUCGAACCCUUAACAUUGUAUCUCCACCGCUACAGAGAGUUGGAGGGUGAUAGAGGAGUAAACUGCGGUGUUGGAUCCGUUAGUAUGACCAAUGGCAUGGUGGUCAAGAGGCCUAAUGGUACCAUGGCCGAGUAUGGACCCUACGGGACUAUGGCGCCGUACCGUUAUCAUCAUCAGAACGGGUUUGCUUACAGUGGUAACGACCCUAAUUCUAAAAUGGGUGGUUCAUCAUCUAGUUUUUGAACACAAAGUUUUCAAGCAAAAAAACAAUGAUGCUUUGUCUCUAUGUAUCUUCUCCUUGAACGAACCUAGUGUUUUCAUUUGAUCUUUUCAUGUGAUAAACUGUGUCAA